AGGUCUGGCCGCUGGGGGACGCCACCUUCGGCAUUUUCACCUGCCCCAUCACGCACGACGUGAUGACGGACCCAGUUGUCAGUGCCGACGGCUACACGUACGAGCGGGCCGCCAUCUCCCGCUGGUUCCGGGCGUCCACCAAGAGCCCCGUCACGGGGCAGACGCUGCCGCACACGGACCUGGUGCCUAACCAGUCCGUGCGCACGCUCCUCAAGACGCUGAUAGAGAAGGCGGAGGCGUCGGCGGCGGCGCCGCCCCUCUCCGACGCGGCGGGCGCCGUCGACGCCGGCCCACCAGCCGACGGGGCGCGGCCGGGGCCGGCCAGGCAGCAGGCCUGCGGCGGUCGCUGCCGUCGUCGUUGCUGUCGUGACCGCUGGUGGUCGUCGUCGUCGUCGUCG